AUGGCUGAAGAUAAUCCACAAUUUCCAACCAAAAUAAAAACAUUAUCAUUAGAAAUAUUAACAAUUUUAUAUUCAAGAGAUUUAACACAUGAAGAAUUAGUUUCAUUUAGAAAAAGAUUAAUGGAUAUAUUUAAUGAAUUCCAAAAACAAGCAUUCAGCAAUUAUAGUGCUGAUCAUAUUCUUCAAUUAGAAGCAAAAAUUAAACAACAACAACAAGCUCAAUAUGAAGCUUUGGAAAAAGAACGGUCUGCUAGGAUUGCUGCUCUUCAAGAAAAAACUUGUUGUAUUUGUGGGAAGAAAAGUAGUGAUUGGAAAAAAGGAGUUAAUCCUGAUGAAUAUUAUUGUACUCCUUGUAGCUUAAAUUUUACUAAAAAAGGAGAUGAAAAUAGAAUGGUUAUGGAACGUCCUCUUCAAUGA